UCGACUUCUUUCAUUCGUUAUUCGCUGUGUUUCGUUUCGCUUCGUAAGCAUUCUGAUUCUUUGGAGCGCAAAAAAAUUGUUUUUCCCUUGGAGUCUAAAGACAGACAUUGCAACGUUCAACGUUAUUUCCAUGUCAAAAAUGGAUUUUGUGACUUUUUGUGUAACUGUUGAGCGAGUAAGAUGAAGUGAACCCUUUUUAGGCUGUGACCUUUUUAACAUCCUCGAAAGUGUUUGUGUCAAUCAGGAUCAUAAAAGAAUAACAGUAGUCGGGAUAAAAAACUGGCUACCUAUUUUACUGUGAGAUGCCAUAAAAUUUACAAUGGGUCCGAAAGGAGCACCGCCAUAAAACUAUAAAACCCCGCGUUCGCUUAGCCCUUCAUAAAACUAUUAGCGAUUCAUGACAUCUGUACAUAAAAAGUGUACAGCCGAGGAUGGUGCAACGAGUGGGUUUCGGAGUGAGGGUGUCGAGCUAUGAUCGCGGAGAAAGCGAUGCGUGGUGUCGAGCAGGACCCGCCUGUGCUGUCGGAUCGCGUCUUGCACUCAGCUAGUGAGCAGCUGGCGCAUGUUGAGUGUAAUGUGUGUGAGCGAUGUCCGGCAAGCCCGCGAGUGUGGCCGCGACGCGAGCGGGCGCGCCGCGCGUGCUGGUGUACGUGGCGGACCCGCGCCAGCUAGAGCCCGGCGCCGCGGGUUCCGAGGCGCCGCCGCCGCCGCCUCCGCCCGUGCCGCUCAGCGCAGCACCCGUGCAGCCGCUGGACGCACUCUUCUUGCACGAUAACUCGACACAACACCUGUCCCUCCCUAGAAACACUGUCUACCGAACACAAAUUGAACAAAAUGAUCAAAGGAACUUACCUAAUACCAUUUUUUACAAGUCCUUUAAUGAUAACGACAGUAAACUUGGUGCAUUUGGCCCUACGGAUAACACUGUAGUGCAAAGAAGUGAGUUUUUUCCAGUUUCACAACAAUUUCUCAAAGAAACUACAAUAAAGAUUGAAGAAAAUAAAGUGAAUGAUCGGCUGGCUAAUGUUAAAAGAGAUUGUUCUAAUCAGUUUGGCACUGAAUAUGGUAAUAUAGAGACCUAUAGAAUCCCUACGGAUACAGGAGACCCAUCAACAUAUCAAGCGAGAUGUAACGGUCCUGUAUCUGAUAAUAUUAUGCCAUCAAUGCAAUCCAUUACUCUCCAGCAAGGUCAAAAUCAAUUUGAAAGUUGUACAGUGCAGAGUGAAGGAACUAGCUGUAGUGAGAAAGAUUUAUCAGUAGGGAAAAGUUACGUGAACUAUCAGUUUUUAGAACAAAGUGUGUCACAUCAGUCUAUAGUGAAUCAGAGUAUCAGUAUACUGAAUCAGCAAGUUGGAGUGAGUCGGGGGGUAGUGAGUGAAGGAGACAAUGGCAGUGGGCCGCAGUUAGUACGCACAGCUGAUGGUGUGGUGCUGGCCGUGCUGCCUUCUUCUGUGCUGCCUCAUUCAGCAGAGGCUCCAGACCUUGCUUCUAGAACUGCACAGAGUGAUUCUCCACAGACUAUAAUAGUGCCCCUAGGUUGGAGAAGAAUUGUGAGCGGAUCUUCAGUUCUUUAUGUUAGCCCUAGUGGUACGGCGCUAAGCACUUUGCCACAACUGAGGGAGUACCUGCAGACGGCGGGGACGUGUAAAUGUGGGCUGCCUUGCCCCCUGCGACCGGAGAUCACUUUCAACUUUGAUCCUAAGGUGGUGAGCAAGCCCUACCAGGCAGCGUCGGGCGCGGAGUUGACGAAGCUGUGCAACCACAAGCGGAAACUACUUGCUAAUCUGCAGGCGCGCGCGCACUCACCUGCCACGCCGCCGCCGCUUGAUCAAAAGAAAGCACCCGGCACUGAAGUAGGAAUGCUAAAGAAGAAAAUGAAGAAAAGGCCCGGUUUCCCGCCAAACAUGAGCGUUUCUCAGCUGAUGGUCCAGAGGGAACGACCUCUCAACGAUUUCAAGCCGCAGGACGGUGAACACAAUCGCACUAUGUCUCCAGGCGUGAGUGUGCGACCUAAUAACCAGAACUGUCUGCCUAACUUCGCUCCCGGACAACACAUGUCCAAUACGAUGACGCAAGACAAUGAAGUCAAACAAGAAACCCACAUACAGAGGACCUCCCACUACCUCACCGUUAAUAGCGGUUGGAUUACACAACAAGAAAAUUUAGAUGCUAUUCAAAAAGCCAACCAGAAUGCUGCUGGCUCUCCUAAUACACUCAAUGUUGGCAUGCCAGUGUUAGGAACAAAUGGACAAAUCAUCGGAGUUAAUACCGGUUUUAACAAACAAAACAACUUUAAGAAUACAAUGAAUAUUCACGGGCAUUCCAUGCCAUCUCAUCUGGAGCAUGAAAUGAAAGAUGAUAAGAAGGAAAUGUCUAAUCAACAAAACAUGCUAUCUUUAAAGCAACCCAACAAAGAAGAAGAAUCUCAAAUAUUCUGUGGUCUUAACCAACCGUUGACUCCAGAAGUAAUGCAGAAGAUAAAUGAACAGCAACAAAUAUUUAUUCAACAAAAUCAGAAGCAGAUAGAAAUGGCGAUGAAAGGUUUUAGAACACAACUGGCAGAAAACAUCAAUCAAAAUAAGCCACUGACCCAAAAUCAGUAUUUACCUCAGGCUCAGUUAGUGAUUCAGAAUGGCACCGUAGUCAAAACUAAUCCUGCCAAAACACCUCCGUGGCAAGUGAAGAGAAACGAACCUAACACUAACUCAUUGACGAGCCCUAGUCCUAAACCUCAAAAGAUAGAUAACAUGGAUUUCGAAGAUUCUAACACACAUAAUCAUAAUAUGUCUGAAGAUUCGCCGGGAUCCUACAGUCCCUUCCCGAAUAACGAGCAAUCGAUGAAUCAAUCGAUGUGCUCUCGGGUGCCGCCGCUACCUCAGCACUAUAAUAUGUUAUCUCAACAGUGGCCCAACGUAGAUAUGAACAAGAAAAAAGUAAAAGCCAACAACAAGGGAGGUAGAAAGAAAGCUAGUCCUACUGAAAAUAAGCUUGUGACAUUUGGAAAUCAUGGUGUGCGUAUGUUACAAGACUCAAAAUGCGAUGAUAUGCCCAAUAAUAAUGUCCCUUCGUUCAUGGACGAUCCUAGCGGGUACUUAGCACAACAAACAGUUUUGUUGAACAACACAAUUUCUAAGCAAGUCGGUAUUAAUUCGUCAUUUGAUGGCAACCAAUAUGAGAACUCUAAUAAUUGCUUCGUCCAACAGAAUCAAGGCGAUCGAUCUUGUAAACAGAUGACAAAGUCCUGUGAAAUUCCUAACGUAUACAGAAAUAAUAUGGUGCCAAAUCCAUCGCCAUCUCCUAACAACACUCCCGAUAGUAGUGUGUUGUCUGAUAAGACUGCAGAACCGUGCUGCAAAGGCUGUAAUGUUUCAAUGAAAGGCAACUCAGAUUUCCCAGAUAACCAGAUGCGGCUGAAGUACAUGAAACCAAACGUGUACAAGUUAGAGUUAGACGGCAGUGCGACGUCUAGUCCGAGACAUGGGUUCGAAGAUAACCCGGUGACGUCGUCGACGUUUAUUGAUAGAAGUCCGAUGAUGAACGAGAGCUGCGGCCCCAUACAAGCGGGGACAGUGAGCACCAGCAACGUGUCGCCCCCGGAGACGCUGCAACCGCCAGAGCCAUCGCCCACGCUGUCCAACAGUUCGCGCAACACCGACACGCCUCACAGCAGCGGCAGCAACAGUUCACAACUCCCACCAAACUGUACAUUCCCUAUGCCUAGUCCAGCGUACUCCAACCCAGGCUCUUGUAAAGAUAAUUUCAACAGCAACCCAUCGACGCCAGGCAGUAAUCAACCAUAUCCUUAUAAUUCGCCAGGACCGCCUAAUAGUCAGAUCACCGGGACCCAGAUGAUGCAUUUCAUAUCAAAUCAUAACGUAAAUAAAAAUCUCAUGGAAGUGGACAACAUAUCAAUGGUCGGAGUAAAGCCAGUCUUAAAGACUCCAAAUGAUCUUUAUAGAUGCGACAAUAGGAAGAAGAUUGAAAAUUCUAUGCCGGGUUAUUGUCCGCCGCCGCAUUUGGGCGGUGGGCCCGCACAUUCACUGAUACAAGCGUGUUACGUGCAAACAUUCGUGACGACAAUGGCAAGCGGUUUCUCAGUCACCCGUGAUACGGUUACAUCAGUAUUAGCAGGCAAAGCUAACACUUGUACGACGUCGAUCAACGCUUCGCAAGCCAACUUUAUAAGACCACCACCUCCACCGAGUGUUAAUUUAGCCACAACUUAUGCCAUUCCAACAAAUCAACCGGAUCCUUUUAUAAAUUCUGUCAAUCUGCCUACUAGUUAUCCUCUGCACAUCGCUGGCCCUACAGCGCAGAAUAUGAUAUCAAAAUCUCCUCUAGAAAUUGCACAAAAUAUAAUUGGCAGCAUGCCUUCCAAGCCGGACUCGCACAAUACACAAACGAAUACAAUGCCUGCAAGGAGACAGCCGACAACACCUGGGCAGAUCCUUAUAUCUUCUACCGGUCAGAUUAUUGUGUCGAACAAUCAGAUGCCGCCGCCGCCGCCGAAAACUACAACUGCCAUGUCGCCAAUGCAAGGAUCGAAUGUUGGCACCCACGUUACUACAUCAGUUACACAAGUGAUGCCUGCAGUUGGUGGUGUUCAGCCAAUGGUGAAUCAAUCCACGGUUGUCGUCAACGCAUUGCCGGCGCCGUUUGUAAUCCAACCACCAAUGAUGGCCGUGGAUGGACAAGUUGUACAACAAAACACAAUCCUACCACAAAUAGUGACGGGCGUAGUAUCGGGUCAGUCACCUAACGACACUACCCACAGGCAGAUAGACGUGAAAAACAGCCAAAGCUUUGUCCAGGGUGUGGCAAUGCUGUCGCCCGAAAGCUUGAAGAAGAGAAGCAAGAAGAAGAAGGGUCAGACUGCUAAUAUUACCAACGUCCUUCAAAUCACUGCACCUCAACAGAACCCUAACAAUAUAAUGGUGCAUUCAUCACCACAAAAUAAUUCUAGUCCGCAAUUCUCACCGCGUGGAUUCCAGUUGUCUCCGAACAAUAACAUUUCACCGACGCCGAUGCUUCAGGCACUAACAAUCGUACCCGGUAAAUCUGGCACCCCGGCGCAUAUCGUUAUGAAUGGACAAGGAAACACGAACAACUUUGGAUCUCAACAGAUAAUCACAAAUACGUCACCAUCACAACAAAUAAAUUUGCUUCAACCGGUCAAUUUGAUCAACAACGCUAGUGGUGUCGUGCCCAACUUCCCGUCAUUCCAGCAAUUUAUAGUUCCCAAUCUCGGAGGGAUGGUGAUGACGGCAGACGGCACGGCGAUCAUACAAGACAAUUCUACAGGAAUGCCGAUGCAACUACAGCUGCAAACUGUUAAUGGACAAAAUGUUUUAACUCCAGUGCAGAACCCGGGAGUUUUUGCCGCAGGUGCUAACGGUGGGGUCGUCAUUAGAGCUCAGAACCAACAAGGCAAGAUCAUCCAGUCUCAGCACAGUCCGGGCGCGCAAUUUUUGUCUCCGAAUAGUCAAGUUAUGAUGAACAGUCCCAAUUUCAACGGCCAACUGAGUCCUCUGCUUGCAAAUUUGAGCCCCACAAACGUGACAUUCAACACCAGCCCACAUCAAGUCAGAUCCAGCAACGUACAGACACAAGAGUUCAUACAGACCAAUCAGAUGGGGCAGACGCUUAUGGUUCCGCUAUCCCCCAAACAAGUUUCGUUGGCUUCCGCAACGAACAGUCGAAACAAUUCGACGUUCGUCCAGCAAAACACGACAAUCGUGCAACAACAAACGACCCUCGUGUCUAAUUCGCACAAUACUCAAAUGUCGUCUAUUUCGACCAACAUCCAGGGCGGCAACCCGACGCGCCUCAGCAUCGACCCGAAUGUUCUCCUGUCGAAGCAGAUGUCGAACGUUCAGAAGACGCGAUUCAUCGAGAUGCCGGUCGAGACCAAUCAGAUCGAGGAUAAGGUGGUGGAGAAAAAUCAGGUGGCACUUAACCAGAUUCAGCUGAGCGAAAACGACGUGAAACUAGACAACCCGGAGGGUUACGUGAAGUUUAUGAACGAGUUCGGGGGGAUGCUGGGGCAGCCGCUGGGCGCGCACGUGCGGCACUCGGUGUCGACGCAGACGCUGGCGCAGCAGCGCGGCGCGCGCUCGCCGAGCCGCGCGGCGGCGGCCGGCAGCCCGCCCGACACCACCACGCACAGCCCGCUGGGCGCGCUCGAGCGCGCCCGCAGCCCGCGCCUGCCCGCCGCCUCCGCGCUCGGCAACUACGCCGACACCACCACCAGCUCGCCAGAGCCCGCCGACGCUAAUUCCUCGGCUAUGGUGCAGUGCGUGUCGAGCAGUGAGCAGGACAUGGCGGAGGCGCGCGAACACGCGUGGGCAGCGCCGCGCGCCGAGUUCCCCACCGACACCGACACGCAAAAUAUUAUGUCCAACAUACCGUUGAUGCGUCAGAACAGAACCCCGAACCCAGUUGAGACUACAGAGAUGCAUUACAACCAGGGCAUGGUACAACCAGCAGGGAACAACCCGCACAUGAUGCCUGUUUCUUCCAACUAUUACGACCGCUCACAAGCUUACAAGAGAAAGAAUGACUUCGGAGACGGAUCCACCUAUAGAACUGACAAAAUUAUGAGAACUAACAACGGCAUGGUCCACGGAAUUCCCAAAGAAUCAGACUUCGACAUGGCAAUGAACCAAGACAAAGGUCAGCCGAGGCACUUCUCUUCCUCAGGGUCUAGCUCUGACGCCUCUAUGAAAGUAUUCGAUAGACACAACUUGGGUUCCGGCGACGAUACGAAGAGCGAGGAGGAAUCCGAAGACAAGUCGCAGGCGAGUGGUAGCGAGAGACCGCGCGAGUUGGAAGUGGGGGACCUAGUGUGGGGGCCCGUGAAGGGGUACGCGUCGUGGCCCGGCAAGCUGCAGGCGCGGGCCGGCCCGGGGCGCUGGCGCGUGCGCUGGUUUGGCGCCGACAAGGCGCCCGGCUGCGUCGAACACUCGCGACUCUUAACUUUAACCGAAGGGCUCGAAGCACACCACGCGGCACGGACCAAGCAUAGGAAGAGUAGAAAACUGAACACGCUUCUCGAGAACGCAAUUCAGGAAGCGAUGGCAGAACUGGAUAAGAAAAGCGAAAAGACAGCUGAUUACGAUGAGCCGGGUACGAGUGAGGAGGCAGCCGACAUCGCGCCUAUUACCGAGACGCCAAAACGCAGUAAGAAAGACAAAGUAAAGAAAGAUAAACAUAAGAAACCUAAAUUAGGCCCCAGUGUUGCCAAUAAAGCAGGAGACAGCUCAAGAUUACGCAGUGCGCGUUGAACAUAUCGCUAUCGCAAGACGGUAAUUACGGACGGUUGUUAUAAAAAAUGAUCGACAUUUUCUCUGAACGGUCGAAAAGUGCAAUCAAGCAUGCUUCAUAACGUUGAAAUAUUUAUUCAAACACGUGAAGCUUGAUAGUAAUUUGCGGACAAUCUUGCUCUGCGGAUUAAAGCUCGGAUAAAUAGGGGUGGUAUUAACAACCUAAUCUCAACUUUGAGACUGCCCUCAAGAUCCACCCUAGGUGUAGUCGGCCGUUUGGUAGCAAACUUGGCGUUUCCUAUAUGGCUUGGCAGAUGGCGCCCUGACUUAGCUCUAGUCUAUUUAGAUAGAUGGCGCUGUGAAAGGGUUUAGAAUACGAGGAGCCAGCUUACUAAUCACAAGAGGUAAUUGUUUCAAAAGCGUUAGAAACGCAACAAAAAUCACUAAUAAUUUUAUGUAAAUAACUCAUUAACAUCUGUUGUUCGAGCCCCAUAUCCCAACAGGGGAUAAUAGGAUUAGAAGACGAAUUCAUUAACAUAUUUGAAAAACUUUACUAGCAUUCCGUAAAUUAAUUUAGUUAUUUUAAUAUUUGUGUGAAUUACAUUUUAUUGGACCAAAUAAAUUUCAGAAUGAGUCAAAUUGUAAUUUCAAUGUUAAUAUUUAAAGUAUUAAUUUUUUAAUUCAUUAAAUGCGUUUAAAUUAAAAUAAUAAAUAACUUACACCUUCGUACAUUGAUAAGAUAAUGAAGAUUUUUAAAGUAGGUAUUGUUUAGAUGUAACAAUUGUGAUUUAAAAUCAUUGUUGUUUCACAUUAUAUGUGUUAGGAUAAGUGUUUAUAUAUGAUCGUGGUUGCACAUGGCAGCCGGCCUACCAAUAUAUAACAAUCAAAUAGGAUGUUUAAUAUAUGUGUCUAUUUGUGUGUAUAACUCAAUAUGAAUAUUGUAAAAUAGAUAUGGAUACAUACAUCAUUUGGAACGAACCUUUAAGGUUCAAAAUAAAAAAAUAGUAAAUCUGCUGCAAGCGCUCCUGGUAAACACGGGAGGAGAACCUUGUCAUCGAUGUAUUGUACAAUUUUAGUGAACUGUAAAUUAAUAAUAAAUUACGCUAUGUAUCGUGUAAAUUUUAUGUGUUUUGUUAGAUAAUAAUAAGUAUAACACGAUUUCUAGUCAAAAUAUUAAGCAUAUUAAAGUGUAGAUAUUAUAGAUGAGAUAAUUGACAAUAACUCUGGCCUGGCGCCGCGGCGGGCGGCCGCCGCUUGUUUCGGUUACAUAUUUUAUAAGUACAGUACACUAUUGAUUGCUUACAAUUUGUUUGUUAUUUUAGUCUUAACUUAUUGUUCGAGGACUAUUUUGCAUGAGUAAUUAUGGAUAUGUGAAAUCUGUUUUAAAUAAAAACAAGUAACUAAAAAUUGUUGCAUUCUUAUAUUGUAGUGCGGUGUACAAGGAUUUUAGUCGGUUUCAUGUGCCACAAUUACACGUGCGGAUAGCUUAAUGCCUAAACUCAUGUAAUAGUCUUCGACUAAUAACAAUUAUCACAACUUUACUGAAAUCACUGAAUCCACUCAUUAUUUUAACGUCGUGUUACGUUUUAUUAAUUAGCACGCGCUCGGAGUAUGUGCGAAUUUAUGGUACAAGGGAGAUUCUUUUAAAACAUUUCUGAAAUGCUUUUAAUCUCAUAAUAAUAUUCAAAUAAGAUUAUAAUUAAUAAAAGAUUUUUAAAAAAUAGGUAGAAUGUUAACUUUAGGUCAUUUCAUACCAUGAAUACAAUUGAUAGGUAAUUUGUUAUCGACAGUCAUUGUUAGAUAUUAUCAAUGUGCAAAAUUAAUUUAUGUGAUCUUUGGAUAUGUCCCGUAAAUUUAUAUAUCAAGAAAUUAUCAUAGCUUACUGUUUUUAUAUUAUCGUAUUUUAGAGAUUCCACUUAAAAUUUCCUAAUUAAUGAAUGUGACUCCAGAUAUCGACAUAGGUAGUAUUUAAAUGUUAAAUGGAUAUGUAUUGUUUAUUAAAAUAGUCGGGUAGAACUUCCUGAGAUGGUAUUACGUGUACAUAAUCUUACUGUAGUUAUGUAUAGUAUUUUAUUUCAAUGAAAUUAAUGUUUUAUAGACUAAUAUACAACAUAAGAUUAUUUAUUUGUUUUGCUGUGUACAUAUUUUUUUCAAUAAAAUGUACCUGUUUUAUUUAAA